AUGACCAUGGAGGUGGACUUCGAGGAGAAUGGGGAUGCUGUCAUCAACAUCCAGAGCCCACCCGGAGAAAUAGAUAAACAUGGAAACGACGAAAAUGAUAACUCCCUGACCGACAGCACGGAGAUCCUGUCCCCGACGGUGCAAGUGGGUUUCCACAGCCAGAGCCUCGGGUCCGCCCUCGUGUGGUACCAUAACACGCAGGUCGCAUGUAUUGUCGAGGGGAAUUUGGUGGAAGAUUUUCCCCGGGACUUGGAGAUUUACGUCGACGAACUCCCAAAGUACAGCUCAGAGGACCCGUUUCGGAGCAGAAGAUUCCAAAAGAUGGGAAGCGCGGAAUAUGAAGAGAGUAAACGAAGAGCAGCAAAUAUGACUGACGGCGGGACAAGAUCGUUCGCCAUGGAGCACGCAGGAAACACAUCAGGCACGUCUGACGCGUCUGUGGGCGUCAAUAAAACACCAGAGCAAGUGAUCGCCGAGCACGUGCAGAAGAGGCGGAAAAUCGAGACAACAGGCACAGGAGCACCGCAGCAGACGGUUAGAGGAAGCCCGGAACAGGUCGCGAAAUUAUUGUUGCAGGAACAGGAGGAUCAUGGAUGUAGUCCCAUGGGACGAGGACCAGGUGUGGCAGCGUCUUCCUCUUCCACCGCUGCUCACCAACAUCAACCUCAAAACUACCGACCGCAGGAUUUCGGGAAUCUGACCCUGUGCGACCAGCUGCGCAAACUGUUUCAGUCGAAAGAGAUUUUGAACAAAAACACGAUCACAGUCGAGGAGAAAAAGUGCUAUUGGCACUUCACGCUGAAGGUCUGCGUCAUUCACUACAAUCAUGCGGCGAGUAGCGAUUCAAUGUCGUCUUCUAGUGCUUCCGCCUACGGCCCGGGGUUAUUGUCGGAAACGUGUGCGUUGGCUUGCUUGCGGGCACUGCUCAGCGUCAGCUUGCCGCCGGUUAGGAAAAGCAUUACCGGGGAGAUGGACCACGGUAUAUAGAUGUGUUUACAAAGAGAUAGAUAGCUGACGCAUUCAAUGUUCCUUUCCACUGCGGAUGCGGAGUUUCAUCAGGCACAAGCAUUUGAUUGUCAUGUGAAUAUUUCAAGGUCCACAUUCACUUGAUGGCUAGGUAGUUGUACGUUUUUUGUUGAACUUGUCGACGUAUAAGUUUUACCCACUGAAAAUAACAGGUACCGGCUCUUCCUCCUCCACUACAAUGACGAAAUACGGGCACGUUAUCGAUUACACGACGGGCGGGCAUUUACGGGCUCUCAGCUCCGCGUCCAGUUCCUCCAUGUCCGAAUCCGAUUCCCCCACGCUCGAUGACAACAACCAAUUCUCAUCGUCCAAUGAAGUCUGGCAGCCUCUGAAACUCGACUUUUUUCCGUUUUUCGAACGGAACACAUUGCACGGGUACUGGGUGAAGACGGCAAAUCCGGCGGAGACGGUGUCAAAGAUUGUGAUGCGGAACGCCAGUGGGAAUUAUACGACAAUGAGUUCUGGCGGCUUUCUGUCUGCUGAUGCUUUGUCAUCUGCUUACACUGGCUUGACCAACACCACUUCGUUGUCAAACAUGAGGAAUCAUCAAAAUCUGAUUCAUAUCAAGUGUAAAAAUGUCUGGGUCUGGAACAGUGCAUGUUUGUCAUGCUACUCUGGCAUGACUCUCAAAUCUGUCAUGUACGUUACCCAAGAGCGCCAUUUUUCUGUCAUGUAGAAACGCAGUUUGUCAUGCAGAAUAGGCAACACCUAGAAGCUCAGAAACUUGUCAUGCUGAGCGAGCACUUGUGGCCUCCUCAUGAUACGCCACCCAGCAUCACAAGUUUCCAGACCCAGACAUUUUUGCAUUUGAUAACUCAAGUGGCAAACAUGCGAAAAAACAUGGACAGGGUGAUGGUUGAAUACGGGAAAAAUUUGAUUACCACGUUUGCCUGAUGUUGCCGAUCAGAUUCUACUUGAAAAUGAUUUGGAAGUUUUCGUAAGAACUCAUUUGACAGAAUAAAGCAAAAAUGCGCAGCGCAACUACAACACGUGAAGACAUUCGUUCUUGGCGUCCUCGGGCGGAAGUUGUGGUGCUGAGCAAGAACG